GUGAAAAAGUAGAAUGUAAAUGAAGUUUCAGAAAGACCCAUAAUCUAGAAAUAUUCAAAUUAGCGGUUUUCUGUGGUUCUAAUUGUACCUUACAUAAAUUAUUCUACAAUGACCAAUAGCUCCAUCCAAGAUAUUUUCUUGCCAUUUCAGGUAAGUCCCAUGAUAAAUCUAUCCAAGGCUGCCCUCUGUUUAAGCCUAAAAGUUACUAAUUUUAAGCUUAACUCAAAACUAUUUAGGGCUCUUAUGUUUCCCCCUUUUGUGGUUUCCAUGGUUCAGAGACAUCAUUCUUUUUUAACAACUUUGGUCGAGGGAGCAGCCCCACUAUUCUUCCUCUGCUCGAUGCCAUUCUUCAAUUUUACACUCAAUUGGCAGAUUCUUGGGUGACCAUUUAACCUUAAUCAAUUUUCUUGGUAAGUUGUUAAGCUAAAAAUGCUUUCUUUACCUCUUUUUGGUUUGAAAUUAAGGAGUAUUUUUUGGGCCCUUUUAUGGUCUGGUUAGCCUUUUAACUUCAAUCAAUCAAUCCAUUUUCUUGGUUAAUUAUUAAGUUCAAAACGCUUUCUAUUUGGAGUGCUAAUUUUUUUUGGCUCUGGAGAUUUCUGGGAAUGGUCAUUCGAUCGAGGAAUGAAUGAUUCGGGAGUUUUAGUUGAAUGCAAAUGAACUUUAAAAAGACAACUUUUUCUUCAUUUUCUCUGAAGCAUUUUUGUCCUCUUAUGUGAAGAUGGGGUGGGCCUUUUACUGUCUAGAUAUUAUAAAAGUGAAAUUGUGAGGCCAAAGGAGAAUUGCAAACGAGUGCUGUUUGCUUGAGGUGCCUGUUUUUUCCCUGGCAUAUUAUCAAGCUGCCUAAUUGGUAUUUUCUGGUUAUCUUAAUAUUUGGUUUUUCUUAUGACUGUUAGACCCGCCUUUCGUGCGUCUGGUGGUAUUUUUUCUUUUCUUUUGGGAGUUUAAUAAUCCUUCAGGGCUAAGUAAUGUUACUGAGUUGCCAUCUUUUGGUUCGUAUUUGGUGCGCGUGUUAUCUUUGAGGAGGUUGUUUGAGGAGCCUGUCAUUCAGGUUUAAUAGUGACUGUGAUUGCUAAUUGGAUGGAGAGCAUGGUGAUGUGCGAGUAAAAUAACUCUAUUUUGGAUACAUGGACGAAACUGUGGAUGAUGACAUGACGGCAGCUGGUCUCGAGACCAGGCACAUUAUUAAUAAAGGGCUUGAGUUCUCAAUGAAAGCCAGUAACUCGGAUGCUGGAGAUUCACGUCAUUUUGUAACUUCUAGUGAGAACAAUCAUAAUAAGGACUCGACUCAUUUCCUUUCAGAUAUUUUGGAUGGAAAGAAUUUAGAUCGAAUAGGUUCUUCCGAACAAGCUAGUGUGAGUCCGCGUUGCGUUGAUAAUUCUGGUGUCAUGGUUGAAGAGUUGACACUGAGAAAUUAUACUGGGGAAAAUCUUGCUAUAGUGGGCACCUCCAACAAUAGAGAAAGGAUGCAAAAUAAGCAGAAUUGGGUGCACAAUAUUUACCAAAGCUCCAGAGGAUUAAGGAUUGCGACCUCACAUGGGGAAGUUACUAAUAGAGGUAGCAGUCGAGCAGUAUCAAGUGUUGCGGAGAAUGUUGAAGAUUUAUUCUUUCCUGGGUUUUGGGAUCAGAACCAGAAACACUCCUGUCAAAAUAGUGACGGAAUCAAGGAUGAUAUGCAGGCAAAUGACGACAAAAAUUUGCCCAGCAAUGUAUUUUCUUCUGGAGUUACCCGUACAAAAAUGCUAUCCAAGUUUGGCUCUUCUGAAUAUUUUAUAAAGAAUUCUCUGAAAGGCAAGGGAGCAAUAUACAAAGGUUCAGUAAACAGAAGGUUAGGUGAUUUGUCAGGGGAUAAGACUGGUUUGAAGUUUGGUGAUGCUGAAAAGUUUGUAUCUAGUGCACCAUUAUCCUCCAGAAAAGACAAUGUUGUUAUGCCUAUUACGAGUGGUGCUGCAGAAAAUCCUCGAAUAUGUUCUAAUCCUCAUCAAGAUGGGGUCAUUCUAAGGGACUGGCUUAAAACUGGGCAGAAUAAGGUGAACAAAAUGGAGAAUUUGCGCAUAUUUAGAGAAAUCGUAAAAUUGGUCGAUUUAUCUCACUCACAAGGAGUUGUGUUACAAGACUUGCACCCAUCCUGUUUCAAAUUGCUCCCAUCAAACCACAUUGUGUAUCUCGGUUCAUCUGUUCGUAUCGGUGACCCUGAUAAUGUUUUUAAUCAUGAUUUCCAACAGCCAGAGAACAAUCAACUUGACAAGAGGCGAUUGGAACAGAAUUUACUUCCGUUUGACCAUCAUUCUGCAAAAAGACAAAAGAUGGGUGAGGGUAUGGGUUAUGCUGGAAGGUUUCCCCACUCGGAAUUCAGUUUUGACGUAAAAUCGUCUGUUGGUUAUGUUAGCAAAGCAGAUAGACAUAUUUCUAAUAAAUAUUGUGACCCAAUGGUGGAGUUUAUGGACCAAAAUCGAUCCAAUUAUCCCAACUUAUCUGAUAUGCAGCAACUGGUUUCUGUUUCCGGAAGUUAUAUAUUGGAAGAGAAUUGGUAUUCCAGUUCUGAGGUUCUUAGUGGUAGCCGCUUAGCAUUUUCAUCAAAUAUCUAUUCAUUGGGAGUUCUUCUAUUUGAGUUACUCAGUUCAUUUGACUCGGGAAGAUCCCAUGAAGCAGCAAUGUUGGAUCUUCGACAUAGGAUCCUUCCUCCUGAUUUCCUUUCCGAGAAUCCCAAGGAAGCUGGCUUUUGCCUUCUGCUAAUUCAUCCAGAUUCGUCGGCGCGACCAACAACCAGGGAAAUUCUGCAAUCUGCAGUUAUUAGUGGCUUGCAGAAUCUGGCUGGAGAUGAACUUGUGUCUUCUAUUGAGGAACAAGAGGGUGAAUCUGAAUUGCUGUUGUAUUUCCUAUUGUCACUCGAGGAGCAAAAACAAAAAGAUGCUUUGAAGUUAGCAGAGGAAAUACGGUUAAUAGAAGCAGAUAUUGAGGAGGUUGAGAAAAGACGAAUUGGAUCUCUUCAGAGAGACAAUACUAGUUCAGUUUCUGAAUGGCCUUUUACGAGUGAUGAUAAAUUAGCCAGGAACAUCCGGCAGUUAGAAAAUGCUUACUUCUCGAUGAGAUCCCGAGUUCAGGUUCCUGAGAGGAAUGCUGGCACUCGUACCCGUGGGGACACAGAAUUUUUAAGUGUUCGGGAAAAUUGCUUCCUUGGGAAGGAUGGAGUAGCUUCGGAAACAAAUGAUCAACUUGGAGGAUUCUAUACUGACUUCUGCAAGUAUGCUCGUUAUAGUAAGUUCAGACUGCGAGGGGUAUUGAGGAGUGGAGAUUUGGCUAAUUCACCGAAUGUUAUAUGCUCUUUGAGUUUUGAUCGAGAUGAGGAUUAUUUGGCUGCUGGAGGGGUCUCAAAGAAAAUAAAGAUAUUCGACUUUCAGUCCCUUUUUGAUGAUUCUGUUGACAUCCAUUAUCCUGCAGUUGAGAUGUCGAACAAAUCAAAGCUCAGCUGUAUUUGCUGGAAUAGCUAUAUCAGGAACUAUCUUGCUUCUACCGAUUAUGACGGUGCAGUGAAGUUGUGGGAUGCAGCUACCGGUCAAGGGUUUCUUGAUUUCACGGAACAUGACGAAAGGGCCUGGUCCGUAGAUUUUUCUCGUCUGGAUCCAAAAAAGUUUAUUAGUGGAAGUGAUGAUCGUCUCGUAAAACUUUGGAGCAUCAAUGAGAAAAACAGUUUGUGCACAAUUAGGAACAAUGCCAAUGUCUGCUGUGUUCAGUUUUCAGCCGCGUCCUCUAACUUCGUGGCUUUUAGCUCUGCUGAUUACAAGACAUACUGCUAUGACCUGCGGAACAUUUCAACUCCGUGGUGUAUAUUGGCUGGUCAUGAGAAAGCAGUUAGUUAUGCAAAAUUUCUUGAUUCUGAGACGCUGGUUUCCGCAUCCACAGACAACUCCUUAAAAAUUUGGGAUCUUAAAAGAACCAGUUCUGGUGGAUUGUCAAGGGAUGCUUGUGCCUUAACCCUUCGAGGGCAUAGCAAUGAGAAGGUGGUUACUAAACCUUUUUUCAUCUUGAAUUCAUUUUACCACUAAGCUCUUCAAGUUUUUUUGCUAACUUUCUGCUCUUUCUCCAAACAGAACUUUGUGGGUUUAUCUAUUAAUGAUGGAUACAUAGCAUGUGGUUCUGAGACCAAUGAGGUGUUUGCUUAUUACCGAUCACUGCCAAUGCCAGUUACAUCUGUGAAGUUUGGCUCAAUUGAUCCCAUUUCUGGAAGAGAGACUGAUGAUGAUAAUGGGCAAUUCGUGUCAAGUGUGUGCUGGAGACGGAAAUCAAACAUGGUAGUUUCUGCUAAUUCCACAGGGUGCAUAAAACUGCUAGAAAUGGUGUAGUGUACAAACCAUUGUUUUUAUGGGAAGAAGCAAAUAGCUAUUUUAAAGCCGUCCCCGACGAAGGUUGCCAUUCUGAUUCUGCUAAUUGGUCCAGAUUCCAGAAUAUUGGAUCCCAAAUUCAACGCUUUUCUGGCACAAUUAAAUCACUGAAAUUGGCCGCUCAAUGUUCAAGUGUAAAUGCUUGAGACUGGCUCCAUUCGGUUGAUGGGUAAAGCAAGGAACUCAGGUUUGUCCCUCCCUACAGCGACCACAAACAAGUUUGGUGCAUUUUUUGGGGGGCAUCGAGAAGAAUUACACUGAACACUGGGUCACGGAGCAGAUCAGUUUCUGAUCAGAAAUGCCUAUAACAUUAUGCUUUCUGGAGGCUGCGAGAUUCGCGGAAGGUUCAAACCGCACAAUUUUCUUCCUAGAUGUGAUGUUUAUAUAGAGAAGGCAGUAAGGUGUGACGUUUAGGUUGUAAACAAAGUAUAUCUGCUGUAAAAGCUCAUUAUAUUUAGCGCUGCUGAAGCUUCAUGAUGGCAGCUUGUAGGUCGAAAUAAUAUUUUCCUAUGUAAAUAUAGAGAUCAAGAAUCAUAUCAUAUCGAAAUCGGAAGGUUAAUGCAAAUAUAUUCUACUUUCAGAAAACAAGCAUUGAUGUCUUUGUAUAUAUAUAUGAUUGCAUUCCUCUUCAUGAUUGGCAUUGUGAAGCUAGAUUGAAAAGAAAUUUGAACAGAAAGCCUUUCAUAGUUUGAUAUGAUCCUGCAAAAAUAUACUAUGGCUGUAUAGACUACACAUAUAUAUAUAUAUAUAUAUAUAU